UGGGGAUUUUGAAGAUCCAAUCUCCGCCUUCCUCCGGCCAUGGCCACUUCCACGAGAGACCAGACGGCGAAGAAGAUCCCGCUCCUUCCUCUCUUCUCCCUCGUCUUCUUUGCUUCCAUCUUCUUCCUUCUCUCCCUUUCCCGAACCACUCCAGUCUCUCCGGGAUCCUAUCAGGUCAAGGCCAGGCUCAGAUCCGACCUGAACUGCGAUUACACCGACGGGUCGUGGGUCUACGACCCGGAUCGCAGCUCGGCGAAGUACGAUAGCACCUGCAAGGAGAUAUUCAAAGGCUGGAACUGCAUUGCCGGUGGGAAACCGAAUGCGGAAGAGAUACUCAGGUGGCGGUGGCAGCCAAAAGGAUGUAAUCUUCCCCCGUUUGAUCCGAUGGGUUUCCUGGAAACUUAUCGAGACACUAACAUAGGAUUUGUUGGCGACUCCUUGAAUAGGAAUAUGUUUGUGUCCCUGUUCUGCGCACUGAGACGGGUGUCGAUUGACGUGAAGAAGUGGCGACCGGCUGGUGCUGAUCGUGGGUUUACUUUUCUUCAGUAUAACCUUACCAUUGCAUACCAUCGCACGAAUCUGUUGUCAAGAUAUGGUAGUUGGUUAGCUGAUCCAAAAGGUGGGAAGCUGGAGUCUCUUGGUUAUAAAGAGGGUUACAGGGUUGAUGUUGACAUCCCAGACGGCACUUGGGCUAGUGCUCCAAGCUUCCAUGAUAUUUUGAUCUUCAACACUGGGCACUGGUGGUGGGCACCUUCUAAGUUUCACCCUGUAAAGUCACCUAUGCUCUUCUAUGAAAAUGGUUUACCAAUCAUUCCUCCAAUACCUCCCGAUGUCGGCCUUGACAUUGUUUUGAAGCACAUGAUUCAUUAUGUUGAAGAGAAGAUGCGCCCAGGUGGGAUCAAGUUCUUCCGGACUCAAUCACCGAGGCAUUUUGAAGGAGGUGACUGGAAUGAAGGUGGUUCUUGUCUGCGUCAACAGCCAUUGUCAUCUCACCAAGUCCAAGAACUUUUUGAAGUGAGAAACACUGGUACAAAUGUCGAGUCACGGCUGGUGAAUCAGCACCUGCUCAGAGCAAUCAACGAGUCAAGUUUUCACAUUCUAGACAUAACUCACUUGAGUGAAUUCAGAGCAGACGCUCACCCGGCCAAUGCUGGUGGAAAGAAGCACGACGACUGCAUGCACUGGUGCUUGCCUGGAGUCCCGGAUACAUGGAUCGACUUGUUCAUUUUACAUUUGAACGGCAUUAAGUUUAGAGAUUAACAACCUUUUGAACAUCUUACAAUUGGGAUAAGUGUGACUGAAUUAGUUACUUGUCCAGUUUUCUAAGUUUGAUGUGCACCUGAAACUAGCUCACUUAGACCAGCUCGGGCAUCUUGGAGUUUGAUGUAAAGUUUCCACGUACAUGUGAAAAUUCUAGUGGUUUGUGCCGUUUGAAAAGUUUAUUGUUGUUGCUUUUGUAGACCAUUUAUUUUGGUAGAAAAUUAUAAAAAAAAAUCAUUUUUCUUGAUAAUUCUUCCAAAAAAAGUAUGCAAAUUUCAUGUACAUCAUGCGACUAGAAAGGUUAGGUUUAAUGAAUUGUGUUUGUUAAU